CAUGCAUAAGUACACCUCUGUCGGGAGGAGGAUGUUUUUCACAAGCCUCGAAGUUAAUCGGACGGUCAGAAGUGGACCUCUCCCGUUUUGUAAAGCUGAAGCAGCUGUGGUGCGGUUCGUACAGAAAGAAGCUUCCUUUUCCUGUAACUCUUCAAUGGCUACAACAAUGGAGACAUGCCAGAUGGGAAUGAAUGCCAUGGAGGAAAGGACUGUGAAUAUUAAGGAAGAGGACUGUGAAUGGGAACUGCACCACAAGCAGGAGAGUCUGAACAUUAAAGAGGGGGAUUUUAAACAGGACACAGUGGGCAUUAAGGAUGAAUCUGAGGAGACACCUGUCAACGGUGAUAUGCAAGAGGAUAAAGUAACAGACCGAGUCAAGAACGAAGACCUUCAGUCGGAGCUCAUCUGUCAAUCUGAGGCUAGAAAGGAGGAUUCUAAGCAGGACAAAGUAGGCAUUAAGAAUGAGCCUGAGGAGAAGUCUGUCAUCCAUGAUAUGCAGGAAGAUCAAGUAAUAGACAGAGUCAAGAAAGAAGACCUUCAGUCAGAGCCUGUCUGUCAAUCUGGGGCUAAAGAGGAGGAUUCUAAACAGGACAAAGUGGGCAUUAAGGAGAAGUCUCAGGAGAAACCUGUCAUCAGUGAUAUGCAAGAGGAUAAACUAAUAGACCAAGUCAAGAAAGAAGACCUUCAGUCGGCGCUUAUAGGUCAGUCUGAGGCUAAAAAGGAGAAUUCUAAGCAGGACAAAGUGGGCAUUACAAAUGAGCUUGAGGAGGAAUCUGUCAUCCAUGAUAUGCAGGAAGAUCAAGUAAUAGACAGAGUCACGAAAGAAGACCUUCACUCAGACCCUGUCUGUCAAUCUGGGGCUAAAGAGGAGGAUUCUAAACAGGACACAGUGGGCAUUAAGGACAAGUCUCAGGAGAAACCUGUCAUCAGUGAUAUGCAAGAGGAUAAACUAAUAGACAGAGUCACGAAAGAAGAUCUUCAGUCAGAAUCCAUCUAUCAAUUUGGGGCUCAAGAUGGAAUUGUAACCGGACUACUCUGCCCUCACAGUGGAGCCUCUGCUGUCCAGGAGCAUUCUGUCAGUGUGAAGUGUGAUGUUCAUGCCGAUGCAAAGAAAACUAAGAAAAGACUACUAAGGCCAUCAUCUACAAAUCAGACUGGCAGUAAGUUGAAACUGAAAGUGAACAAGCAAAAGAAAAGUGGAAAUCUAGCACAUUGUUCAGAAAAUGGCAUGCAGGAGAGCACCAGCUUUUCCCCAUCUCUACCUAUUAAGACUUUACUUCAAGACUACCUGAAACACAAACUGUGUAUAAAGAAGAAGAAAUCGACAUCUGGACCUGAGAUUUUAUCAAAGAUCUCUUUGCAGUUGAAUUCUCUGCCUGUUGUCAAGCUAACAAGGAUAGAUGUAAGUAAUACUCUACAACAGGUGAGCAAUUCAAAUUCUGGAGCUUUAUAUGUCCACCAAGAGCCAACAAAACGUUUUAAAACAAAAUCUAUAGACAAAGGCAAUCCAUCAAACCAUGUAAACCUAAAGCCACAUUGCUGUUCUAAAUGUGGGAUGCAGUUUUCACAUAGGCGCUCUCUGUAUGUCCAUAAAAGAAUCCAUACUGGAAAUGAUUAUGGCUGUUCUGAAUGUGGCAAACGCUUCCUGGAAAGGAGACAUCUAGAGAGCCAUGCUAGAGUUCACACCGGAGAGAAACCAUAUUCCUGUUCUGAGUGUGCAAAGCAAUUUUUCAGCAAGAGUUAUCUAAAGAUCCAUGCAAGAGUCCACACUGGAGAGAAACCUUAUGGCUGUUCUGAAUGUGGCAAAAAAUUCUCACAAAAGAGCAUACUUAAGACCCAUACAAGAACUCAUACUGGGGAGAAGCCUUAUUGCUGUUCUGAGUGUGGCAAGAGCUUUUCUGAUAAACGGAGUCUUCAUAACCAUUCCAGAGAUCACACUGGAGAGAAACCACAUUCCUGUCCUGAAUGUGGAAAACAAUUUUCAUACAUGAGGUUUCUUCAGGUCCACAUAAGAAAUCAUAGGGGAGAGAACCCUUAUUUCUGCUCUGAAUGUGGGAGAAGAUUCCUUUGCAAGAGCCACCUCAUAGCACACCUUCGAGUUCACACCGGAGAGAAGCCAUAUGGCUGUUCUGAAUGCGGGAAACGAUUUUCACAAUUGAUGAGUCUGGAGACUCACAAAAGAGUCCAUACUGGAGAGAAACCGUAUUCCUGUCCUGAAUGUGGGAAGAAAUUCUCUGGCUGCAGCAAUUUUCACGUCCACAGAAGACUUCACACUGGAGAGAAGCCGUAUAGCUGUUCUGAAUGUGGCAAGCAGUUCUCCGACAAAGGUUCCCUUAAGAAACACAAAAGGAUUCAUGUUGCAGUGAAGUCAAGUAAAAUGGAGGAUUACGACAGAGCAGACAUGAAUGUCAUGGAGAAAAUUACCGUAGAUAUUAAGGAGGAGGACUGUGAGUGGGAACAUGUGCACCAUGAGAAGGGGAGUGUGGACAUUAAAGAGGAGGAUUAUGAAGAGUUCACUGUGGGCAUUAAGGACGAGUCCGAGGAAAAGCCUUUCAUCAGUGAUAAUAUGCAGGGGCAUAAAAUUAUAAACCGAGUCAAGGAGGAAGACCCUCAGUCAGAGACCAUCUGUAAGUCUCUGUGUCAAGAUGGAAGUACCACUGAAGAAAUAUCAAGGAGGACACUGGAUGGUCUGCCAUCGUCUACAAAUCAGCCUGGAGAUGAUAUUAAAUCUAAUUGCAAAAGCAAUCCAUCAAAGCAUGUAAACCGAAAUUCACAUUGCUGUACUGAAUGUGGGAAGCAGUUUUUGCACGGGUGGUAUCUUCAGAUCCACACAAGAAUCCAUACUGGAGAGAAGCCGUACGGCUGUUCUGAAUGUGACAAAAAAUUCUCCCAAAAGAGCUCGCUUCAGGCCCACAUGAGAAUUCAUACAGGAGAGAAGCCGUUUUGCUGUUCUGAAUGUGGCAAACAAUUUUUUCAUAAGAGCAAUCUGAUCAGCCACAUGAAAAUUCAUACUGGAGAGAAACCAUUUUGCUGUACUGAGUGUGGUAAAAGAUUUUCAUUCAGGCACAUUCUUCAGAACCACACAAGGACCCACACUGGAGAGAAACCGUUUGUCUGUUCAGAAUGUGGAAAGGAAUUUGCUCGAAAGGGUGACCUUCAGGACCAUGCCAGAAUUCACACUGGGGAGAAACCGUAUUGCUGCUCAUACUGUGGCAAAGGGUUUGCACAGAAAGGUGAUCUCCGGAGCCACACGAGAAUUCACACUGGUGAAAAACCUUAUGUCUGCCCUGAAUGUGGCAAGCAAUUCUCCAAAUCAAGCUUGUUUCAUCAACACAAAAGAAUUCACACUGGAGAGAAGCCCUACUGCUGUCCACAGUGUGGCAAACAAUUUACCUACAAUUAUCGUCUUCAGACCCACUUAAGGGAUCACAGUGGAGAAAUGCCAUAUUCCUGUUCUGAAUGCGGGAAACGGUUCUCCUGCAGCAGCAGUCGUAAUGUUCACCAGAGAAUUCACACUGGAGAGAAGGCAUAUGCCUGUCAAGAAUGUGGCAAAAAAUUCCUGAAAAAGGGCAAUCUGGACAGCCACGCAAAAAUUCAUACUGGAGAGAAGCCAUUCUGCUGUUCUGAAUGUGGAAAAGGAUUCACACGGAAGGUUAAUCUUCAGAACCAUGUAAGAAUUCAUACUGGUGAGAGGCCGUAUGGCUGUCCUGAAUGUGGGAAACAGUUCUCCAUAAGCAGCACUCUUUACACUCACAAAAGAAUUCACACUGGAGAAAAACCGUACUCCUGUUCAGAGUGUGGGAAACGGUUCUCUCACAAGGGCAAUCUUCAAAGCCACACGAGAGUUCACACCAAAUAAGACCACAGGAUUUUAACUCGCAGUGACUGAAUUUUAUAUUGGUAAAUAUAACAACUAGAGAUUCUGGAAGGAGAGAUUAAAUUAAGGAAUGCAGUAAGAGUGGAGAGAGGACAUUAAGGAGUUGAGGUGCCACCUUGCUUACCCCAGUUAUGGAAGCUGGAUUUUUUCCCUUCAAAACAAUGCAAAAAAUCAGCUUUGAAUAUUGCAGGGCUGAUGGUCCUAUCAGAUAAGAGAUCUUCAGUUCAGGCUGGUUCUCGCCAGGAUCCAUCAUAUUUAAGAGCUGCUCCCUAACUUCCAGGUGCUUUACUCCUUAUAUGUAGAAGGACCCAGAAAGAGUCUGACUUUUGGUGGUGGGGUGGAAGUUAAUUCAUAGUCAAUAGUGAUGUCAUUAUAUUAUUAUGAUAAUGUGAUAUUUUUUUUUUUCCUCCUCCUCCAGUCUAGAUGGAAACUGAGAAGGGCAGUUACCAGCUGUGUCACUUCCUUAUUAGUUCGCUUAUCAAAGGAAGUGAGACUCUU